GGUCGUUGCUUAAAGGAAAGACGAUCACGACAUCUUGCAACGGGAUCGAGCUUCUUCCAAGGUGAUGUGAUCGAUAGACUUCUUCCAAUGUUCAACAUUUUUGGUGGAUUAAUUUUAACCAAAGAAUUCCGAGCACUUGAUGAGAACAAUUCUUUCGUUCACGGAUCACGACUUAUGCAAUGGGAUCAAACUUUAAUAAUCUAA